AUGAUGGCCUCAUCGUUCCUCUACACCAUCUCCUCCGGUCCCUCCUUCUCUUCCAGCUUUUGGCCGUCCUUCUGCGGGCCCCACGACCCCUACUCCCGGCACUGCCUCUCCACCCCCCUCCUCUCCUCCCCCUCAUCUCCUCUCUCCUCCACCCCACCCAGCCUCCUCCUCCUCCCCUCCCACCACAACACUCUCUUCCAGACCUCCUCCUCCCCCCUCCCUAACAUCACCCCUGCCACAGUCACAUGGAACCAGAUAGAGCGCCUAGCAGCAGAGGAAACCAGCCCAGGGUACCUCCCUCCGUGGCUGCUCUACCUCCCAGUCUCCCCGUGCCUGCAGCACGCGUCCUUCCUGCUCUUCUCAGCCUUCUUCAUCAUCUGCACCCUCUCUCACCUCCUCAUCCUCCCCAAACCCAAACACGCACACCCCAGCCUCUCCUCCUCCUCCUCCUUUUCCGGUCCCUCCUCUUCAUCCUCUGCUCCCGGCCCUUCCUCCUCCUCUUCCUCCUCCGCUUCCCGUCCCUUCGCCCCGUCUGCUACUCCCUCUCGCUCCUCCCGCCCACCGGGGUCUAACGAUGAAGGUGCUGCUGACGCGGUAGAAACCUCAGAGGCAGAGUCUCACUGGGAGGCAGGACCCGGCAAGCAGCACGGGGCGUAUCCGCAUGAGCUUGCAUAUGCAGCCGGGCAGGUGGUAACCUGGUUACUGGCGCUGCGAGUGUUACUGCUGUAUGGCAAGCGGAGGGACCAGAGGCUCGUGGGUUCUGCUAGGGUUUGGCUGUUUGCGAAUGCGGGUGCUGUGCUGCUACUCUCUGCUGGUGUGGUGUUACGGUUUGGUUCGCCUGGAGGGUUGAAGGCAGAAGCAGGUUCGGAGAAGACCGUGGCUGUGGAGGACGUGCCGAGCCUACAGACGUGCGACCGCGCCGAAGCUAACUUCCUAGCCUUCGACGCCAGCUGGGCGAGGCAGGUUGCUGCGGCUGAAGCUGCCGAAGCUGCGGCAGCAAGGGGCGGGGGAGGAGGUCUUAUCCCUUUCUCAAUCAGCCCUUUCUCCAUUUCCCAGGCCUGUUCCUGUGAAACCCUUUGCACCAUACUCUAUCGCUGCGUCUCCGCCCUCUCCUCCUGCUUUCGCUCCCUCAAAUCCUUCCUCACCUCACUCUACGCCUCUCCUUACACCCAACAAGGAGACACCAAAGACACGUCCGCUGCAGAGAAAACCGAGAAGGAGAAAGACGAGGAGGGGGAGCAGAUUCAGCCCAAAGCGACGGUUACCAGAGCUCUCUGGGAGUGCUUCUGGCGGCCGCUGGUGCUGACAGGAGUGCUGGCGCUGGGCAAGACGGGCGUGAUGUAUGCCGGGCCGCUGCUGCUCGCGAGCUUUGUGCAGUUUGCGGCGGGGAAGAGGGUGUUUCCGGGGGAGGGGCUGCUGCUUGUGCUGGCGCUGUUCCUGUCCAAGGCUUCUGAGAUCGUGCUGGAGCACCAAUUCAACUUCCGAUCCGAGGUGCUUGGGCUGGACAUCAAAGCUGCGCUGGUGGGCGCCCUUUACCGCAAGGGGCUGCGAUUGUCCAGCAAGGCGAAGCAGCGACACACGAUUGGGGAGAUUGUGAACUAUAUGUCGACUGAUGCGCAGCGUCUAGCGGAUCUCAUGUGGGAGUUGCACAACAUUUGGGUUCUUCCGCUGCAGAUUGUCUGUGCCCUUGUCAUCCUCUUCCACGUGGUGGGCAUAUCCAUGCUCUCCGGUCUGGGAGUGAUGCUGGCAGUCAUGCUCGCCAAUCUCUUAGUAGCCUCCGGCAUCCACCGAUUCAUAACCGAGAUCAUGUCAGCCAAGGACGCGCGCAUGAAGGCCACCUCUGAGGCCCUUUCCUCCAUGAAGAUCAUCAAGCUGUACGCGUGGCAGCAGCAAUUCCAAGACAAAAUCCAAUCCCUCCGCGACUCCGAAGCCUCCUGGCUGGUCAAAUUCAUGGCCUACGCAGCAGUAAACAUCUUCCUCCUCUGGCUGACCCCUCUCGCGGUCUCCGUGGCGACUUUCGGCACGAUGGUGGCGCUCGGUGUGCCGCUUACCCCGGCGUCGGUCUUCACUGCGAUUGCGACUUUUAGGAUUCUGCAGGAGCCGCUAAGGUCGUUCCCGUCGGUGAUUAGCGCGGUCACGCAGGCCAUGGUGUCGUUGAAAAGGCUGUCGAGGUUUUUGUCUGAUGAGGAGUUGCAGUGGGAUGCGGUUGAGAGGGUGGAGAGAGGAGCGGGAGGAGGAAUGGGAGGGGAGGGGGAGAGGGAUGGUGAGCGUCUGAAUGGGGAUGGGAGUGGAGGGGAAGUUGUAAUCAGCCAGGAGCAGCAGGAAGGGGAGGGGAAGAGGGGGAUGGAGAACGGGAUGGAGAUAGGGAAGGGGGAGCAAGAGGAGGGGGGGAGGAAGAAGGAAGGAGAUGGUGAUGAUGUGGUGGUGAGGAUUGAGAACGGAAUCUUCAGCUGGGAUGCUGAUCCAGAGAAGACCACAUUGACUGGCGUUGACCUGGAGAUCAGGCGUGGCAUGCGCGUGGCGGUGUGUGGGACCGUGGGUGCUGGCAAGUCGUCUUUACUGUCCUGCAUCCUGGGAGAAGUUCCAAAGCUGCAAGGGAAGGUGUUUGUGUCAGGACCCACAGCCUACGUCCCCCAGUCCGCGUGGAUUCAGAACGCCACCAUCCGAGACAACAUUCUGUUCGGCCAGCCGCUAGACCGCGCGCGCUACCACCACACGCUGCACCAGUGCUCCCUCCUCGCUGACCUGCGCCUCUUCCCCCUGGGGGCUGACACGCAGAUCGGGGAGAGAGGGGCGAAUCUGUCUGGCGGGCAGAAGCAGCGGAUCCAGCUGGCCAGGGCGAUGUAUGCAGGGGUGGGGAUGGGUGCGGAGGUGUAUCUGCUGGACGACCCAUUCAGUGCUGUGGACGCGCAUACCGGUUCAGAGCUCUUCAUGGAGUAUGUACUCAAGGGCCUGGCAGGCAAGACAGUAAUUCUGGUGACGCAUCAAGUGGAGUUCCUUCCCGCUGCUGACCUCAUCCUGGUGAUGAAGGAGGGGCGCAUAGUGCAGUCAGGCCGCUAUGACCAGCUGCUGGCAGAGGGCACGGAUUUCUCUGCCCUCGUGGAAGCACACACUGAUGCCCUCGAGAGUGUUGGACCCUUCCAUUCAAACACAUCCCCCAUUCCUUCCCCCAUUUCCCCCUCCCCCCCCUCCCAUCAUCAGGUGAUGAAGGAGGGGCGCAUAGUGCAGUCAGGGCGCUACGACCAGCUGCUGGCAGAGGGCACGGAUUUCAGUGCUCUCGUGGAGGGAUGGAGGCACCUCUUUUACUCACUAACCCCUUGUCUCUCCCCCUCGUCUCUCCCUGUCUCACACGCCCUCCCGCCCCAUGAGCAGGUGAUGAAGGAGGGGCGCAUAGUGCAGUCAGGCCGCUACGACCAGCUGCUGGCAGAGGGAACGGACUUCUCUGCCCUCAUUCUAGAGAAUAUGGAAGUGGAUGAGUCUGGUGGUGCUGCUGCUGCUGCUUCUGGUGCUUCUGGGGGGGGCGCAGCAGAGGGGGAUGGGGAUGGGCAGUUGAUCAGUGAGGAAGAACGUGAAUCCGGGCGGGUUUCUUUGGCCAUAUACUGGCAGUACAUGACGAAAGCGAUGGGCGGCUGGCACGUGCCACUGCUGCUGCUGGUACAGCUGGCGUGGCAGGCGCUGCAGAUCGGAUCUGACCUGUGGCUGGCCACGUACAGCUCAGCAGGGGCUGGGAACAGCUCAGCAGAAGCAGGGUACACGUCAGCAGUGGUUGGGUACACGUCAGCAGGGGGCGAAUUCAGCAACAGUAUUCUCAGCAACCUCACCUCUCCACUCUCCUCUCCUCUCGCCUCAAGUCUUUCCUCCUCCUUCACCCCAUCCUUCUCCUCCUCACUCUCCUCCUCCUACUCCUCCCCUCUCUCCUUCCUCGCCCCCUCAGCCAUCACCCCUUCAGCCUUCAUGAAGCUAUACUCGUUAUUAGCUCUGGGCAGCGGCGUGUUUGUGCUGCUGCGAACAGCAGCCUCCACAGAUCAGAACGCACUCGAUUUGGACCUGCCAAUUCAGUUCGGCUCUAUCCUCGCCAUGCUGUUCCAGCUGCUCGGGAUCCUCUUCGCCUCCACAGACCAAAGUGCUCUCGACUUGGACCUGCCAUUUCAGUUUGGGUCUCUCCUCGCCAUGGUUUUCCAGCUGCUUGGGAUUCUCUUUGUCACAUCCUACAUCACAUGGCCCGUGUUUUACGCUAUCAUCCCUCUCACGUACCUCUACUUCUCCUUCCAGGAGUAUUAUCUAAUGACAUCAAGGGAGCUCUCUCGUCUCAACGGAGUCACCAAGGCACCCAUCAUCGAGCAUUUCAGCGAGUCCCUGUCAGGAGCAGCAGUGAUCAGAGCGUUCGCGCAACAACCUCGAUUCGCAUUGAAGAGCUCCGAGCGCGUUGACACCAACAACCGAGUGGCCUUCCACUACGGCGCAUGCACCGUGUGGCUGGGGGUGCAUCUGGAGCUGCUAGGGGCGUUGUUGCUGUGCUUCUCGGCUUUCAUGCUCGUGUGGCUGCCUCCUUCGGUGAUCUCGCCAGGUUUAGCGGGCAUGUCUUUGUCAUAUGGUCUCGCCCUCUCCCAAGGUCUAUUCUACGUGGUGUGGGUGUGGUGCGCGCUUGAGAACCAGAUGGUCUCCGUAGAGCGAAUUCUCCAGUUCUCCCAACCCAACGUGCACCCCGAAGCACCGCUCUCCAUCCCAUCCCACCGCCCUCCAUCCUCCUGGCCCGACCGUGGCGCAAUCACCUUCGAAAACCUCCAAAUCCGGUACCGGCCGGACCUCCCAUUGGUUCUCAAAGGCGUGAGUCUGCAGAUCAAUGGUGGAGAGAAGGUCGGGGUGGUCGGGAGAACCGGCAGCGGGAAAUCAACGCUUGUCGUCGCUCUGUUUCGGCUUGUCGAGCCGACGGCGGGUCGGGUGGUGAUAGAUGGGGUGGAUACCAGCAGGAUCGGGCUGACGGACCUGAGGAGCAGGCUCGCGAUUAUACCUCAGGACCCGACCCUGUUCCAAGGCUCGGUUCGGAUGAAUGUGGAUCCGGCGGGGGAGUAUCGGGAUGAGGAGAUUUGGGAGGCGCUGGACAGGUGCCAACUGGGGGAGGUGGUUCGUGGCAUGGAGGAAAAACUGGAGGCUCAAGUGGUGGAAGGAGGGGAGAACUGGAGUGUGGGGCAGAGGCAGCUGUUCUGUCUCGGGAGGGCCCUGCUGAAGCGCACUCGCAUUCUCGUGCUCGAUGAAGCCACGGCGUCCGUUGAUUCGGCGACCGAUGCAGUGAUCCAACGGACGAUCAAGGAGUGCUUUGGAGAUGCCACCAUCAUCAGCAUUGCGCAUCGGAUCGCCACGGUUAUCGACAGCAAUAAAGUGGUUGUCAUGGACCAAGGAAAAUGGCCGCCGCGCGUGCGCGAGGGGGACGAGGAAGGCGAGGGAGGCGUGGAGGCGUCUUGGGAAUUGCUGCCGCUGCCGCCAUCAGGAUCAGACAGUGAACACUCGGACACGGAACGACCAGAAGACGAGGAAAGAAAGCAGUCGGAAGAGGUGGACACGGAACAGUCAGAAGUUCAGGAUGCGGAGCGAUUGGAGCACGGAUUACAAGUCCCGGUUUCUGAUGGUAUCGAGAUUUCAGGCGACGCGUGUGCUCUCUGCGCCAGUGUGGUUGCUGACGUCGACUCCCCGCCCGCUGGCGUUGAUACCCCGCCUGCUGAUGUUGAAUCCCCGCCUGCUGAUGUUGAAUCCCUCUCUGCUGACGUUAUAUCCCCACCUGCUGACGUCCUCUCUGCACCUGACGUCGACUCCCCUCCUGCUGACGUGGAACACGCUGAUGUGCCCGAUACUUCAUCCGUUGACAGCCACCAGCCGGUUAAGCAGCGUGAUGAGACGGCUGAACUGACGGCCGAAUUGACAGUUGAAUUGACGGCUGAGGUGACAGCUGACGGUCAGCUGGUAGCUGAGGAGACGGCUGGUGAGGAGCUGGUUGUUGUUCCGGUUGUAGCCUGUGCUGGCGCCUCUGAUGCCACUGACGCUGCUGCUGCUGCGUCUGAUGUCUCUGACGCUGUUGCCGAGGAAGGGGAGGGAAGUGAGGGAAUCGCGAGAAAGGUCUUGAAGGACGACGCUUGCGAAGGAAGUGAGAUAUCGCAGGGUGCUGCUGCAAGUGGUUGGCAGGAUGAGAAGAAGGAGAAAAACGUGUUACUGCUGGUGGAAGCAGAUCUCUCUGCUGCUGCUGCCGCUGCUGCCGCUGCUGCUGCCUCUGACGCUUCUUCCUCUGGUGCUGUUGCUGCAAGCAGCAAUUACCAGGCGAAGCUGGCUCGGCGCUUGGCUGGCGCUCUGUUGCACGCCGCAGGUACCACCUCCUCCUCUCCUCUGCUUUUCAAGCCUGCUCUUGGAGGAAAUGCGGCAGAUGUACUGCCCCCAGGUGCCACCUCCCCCGCUCCGCUGCUGCUCAGGGCUGCUCUAGGAGAAGGCUCUUUGAGGGUGCUGCCAGUUGUGGGGGAACUGCCUUCCUCUCUGGUGGUGGUGCCAUUUGCCCCUGCAGCAACAGAUGCUCUAAUAACGCAUGUUCUCACGUCUGGAUUUGAGGCACUGCCCGCUGAUGGUGCUGCUGGGAAUGAUGCUGCUGCUGGUGAUGCUGGUGCUGGUGCUGGUGGUGAUGCUGGUGGUGAUGCUGGUGGUGAUGCUGCUGGUGAUGCUGCUGGUGAUGCUGGUGGUGAUGCUGCUGGUGAUGCUGGUGCUGGUGGUGAUGCUGCUGGUGAUGCCGCUGCCACGUCAUCCGCAGAAGCCACCAGCUCUUCCUUUUCCGAUCCAGUGCCACCACUGCACGUCUCAGCGGCUGUGCUUGUGCUCUCUGCAACGGACCUGAACGCUCUUCGGCUGCUGCUGUGUGAAAGGAACGGGGAAGGGGACGAGGGGGUGGAGAGGGGGCGAGAUUUGACUGCUGCUGUGCGUGUGAAGCAGCUGCAGGGGCAAUUCGAUCUGCUGCGUCUCGCGUUUCGAUGUAAGCCUCUGAGUGAAUGCCUUUUAGAUGCCAGGAGUUAA